AUGAGUUUCUUUAACACAAAUGUACCAAGUGGUUCCUGGGGGAAUAUGUUGAAACAAGCGAUGAAUACUGUCGAAAGUAAAUUUGAUAAAGCUCUUGACAUAGGAGAAAGUAGCGUAUACCAAGGAGAAGUAUAUGUGGAUCCCGUUACUGGUUUUGUGACAACUCUUGAUCCACCAAGUAUAAGUUCACAAAAUGUAACGAAGACGACGCAAAACAAAGGAUCACAAAAACCAGUGUCGACCAUUGGUAACUUACAAGAUUCAGAAUCAAAAGAAUUAAGGACAAUACUUGAUAACAUAAUAGAACAAUCAAAAUCUUCGAAAAAUGAAUUAGAAACCGAGAGUUUAACAUCCGUCCGCACUAACAGUGUUAUUUCAAAUAGUUCGGAUGCACAAUCUCGAGAGUUCGAUGGUAUUGACAGUUCUAGAACAUCUAAUGAUUCAAGAGCAUCAGAAGUUGAGUCUCAAUUGACAACUGAUAAUUUUCAACAUAUAAUUGAGCAACGAGAGCGUCAAUUACUUAAUGCAGCCGAACAAAAUGCAUUAUUGAAUAAUACGAUAGAACAACUUAAAAUUCAAAUACAAGAAUUAGAAGAAGCUAAGAACUCUCAAUUAAAAAUAAUCAAAGAUCCUAUUCGUGAAUUAAGAGCUACUUUAGUACGGGUUGAAGAGCAAGCUGGUCUUCGUGAAGAUAAUUUACGGAAUGAAAUUCUGGCAUUACAACAACGAUUACAAAUAGCAGAAAAUUACGCACGAGACUCGACUUCAGAAGAAUGGGAAAUAGAUCGAAUUCAAUUACUCAAACAGAUAGAAGAUGUAAAGACACAAUAUGCAUUAUCGGUCAAAAAUUGGGAAAAAAUUGAGCAUAAUCUUACAAUACGGUUGACCGAAAUGGAAGCUGAACGUGAUCGAUACAUUGAAGAAUGUAAAAAAUUGAAUUCUCGAUUAAGAGAAUUGCAAAAAGAACUUGAGCUUAUCGCAGCUCAACAAAAAAAUUCACAAUUAAGUGAGGAAAUAGAAUCACUUAAUGCUCGAAUUCCAACCUUACAGAGUGAGAUUGAAACUCUUACAUCAAAUCUUGAAUCGUCCGAAGAAUGCCAUCAAAAAAGUCUAAAAGAAAUAGAAGAACAAUAUCGUUGUAUAUUACGACAAACACUUGAAGAAAAACAGGAUGAAUGGGAAGAAAGACUACGAUCAGAGCAAGAAGUCAAAUCAAAGGAACGUGAACAGGAUAAACUAUCAUUGAAAGUGGAUUCUGUUAGGGGUAGCCCUAUAAGAUCAGCAAGUGAAACACAGUUGAGUUCGUUACGUUCCGUAAGUGAAAUACAUUUAGAGAAACAUGCAGAGGGAGGAAUACAAUCACCAAUGUUAAAAAGUCCAACUUCAAGUCUUAGAUCUAGUAGGUCCAGCAUUGAUGGUGGAUCUAGCAUAAUAAGUAAUGUUAUAAUGACCGAGAGAUUGAAUUCUUCUAUAAGGUACUUGAAAGGUCAAGUUAGCACGUUACAGGCUCAACUUUAUCUUACAACAAAAAAUAGAGACGAAUUAGCAGAUGAACUAGUAAAACUAACCACACAGAUAGAAGAUCUCUCUUUAACAUCUGGAAAAGCCACCGAGUUGGAACACCAAUUUUAUGAAUUAAACGAAAGAUAUAAUACUGCGCUAGAAUUAUUAGGCGAAAAGACGGAACAGGUGGACGAAUUACAAGCAGACAUUGAAGAUAUGAGAGAUGCUUAUCGUAGCCAAAUAACAGAUCUAACUGCUCAACUAGAAAAAUAUAAAAAGUCAUAA